AUGGAUCAACGUUCAAACUCCACGAGUGAUGGCGCCAUCAAGUCGAAUUCACCCAAGGAUUCGCGUCCGUCAAUCGCAUCAGCCGCGAAGGAGAUCCUGCUUGCCUUGAUCAAUAACGCAGAUCUGGAGAUGCCAGCAGCCGCGACGAAUCAUGCAUCGGCUGUAAUCUUCACGCCGGAAGACGCUGCCUCGUUUCUGCCAACGCCACUGAAGAUGACCGAGUCCGCUUCUGCCCUAUGGGCAUGCAUUGGACUCUUCGCCAACGCCAUCAGCCGGGAACGGUACGGUAUUCCGGAGCCCAAGAAGAUUGUAGUGGACGUGUACUCGGCAACACUGAUGCUAUGCUCAGUGUUCCUGUUCCAGGUUGACGGGAAACCCUUCGUCGAGAGCAAGGUGGUACCGAGAGCCAUUCAUCUUGACACGGGACAUAACCGUGAGACAUACAGAAAUGUGGUGUCCAACAUGUUCAAGACCAAGGACAACCGCUACUUCCACCUCCACGGAAGCCUCAACGCAACACCAACCUUGCAAAUGCUGGACCUGCCCCAACAUCGCCCCGACCUUCAGGGUAACGAGCACCUCCCAGCCAUCAAAGCCAUCUACGCCGCCGAAGUGGCCAAGCGAGACAGCUUGUCUCUCGAGGUCGAGGCCAACGACCGAUAUCUGAUGCCAGGCGGAACCUGCCGCACCAUCGAUGAGUAUGCGGCCACGUUGCACGGCCGCUUGAACAUCGAAGAGCCGCUGUACAAGAUCUACAAAGUCCAGGAGCAGCUGCCGCCCACCCCUUGGCCAAAGAACUAUAGCCAAGAAGCCAGUUAUCGUCCCCUGGCGGGCAUCAGGGUCCUCGACCUGACCAAAGUAAUCGCUGGCCCUACGGUAACACGUGUGUUAGCGAUGAUGGGUGCCGAAGUCCUCCGCGUAUCUACGAACACCCAGCCGGAGGCGAUCCUAUUCGUUGCUGACGGUCAACUUGGAAAACGAGACGUUGAUAUCAAUCUCAAGACUCCCCAGGGAAGGCUCCAGCUGGAUGAGCUCAUCAAAGACGCCGACGUGGUCGAGCUGGGUCCACGAACUGGCUCGCGACGUGGAAAGGGCGUCGUUUACUGCAGAGAGAACUGUUAUGGCUGGAAAGGCGAGUGGAGCGGUCGGGCUGGAUAUCAGCCGAUCAGCGAUUGUGUCACGGGUGCGUCUUGGGAGCAAGGCAAAUUCCUGGGUCUUGAGGAGCCCGUCAUGCCGCUGUUUCCGAAUUCGGACUCCCAAACCGGUCUCACCGGAGCAAUCGCAAUAAUGCAAGCUCUCCACCGCAGAGCCUCCGAAGGCGGCUCCUACAACAUCGACAUCGCGCUCAACACAUCCAACAAUUGGCUCCUUCAGGACGUUGGACUCCACGACAAGCAGACCCAGGCCUCCCUGCGAGCUUUGCACCCGGACUUUCGGCCAAGACACGAUACUGGGUUCAUCGAGAUGGCUCCAAUGAUAUUGGGGACGACCCAGAAAUCCAACGGUGGUGGGCCUGGUCAGCUCUGGGACAGAGCUAGAUGGACGAGAGGCAAGAUUCGAUGGGGUGUGGCGGAUGAAGAGGCGACGUAUCUUGACUGGAGGCGGAUUGUUACCGUGGAGUCUAAAGGCGAGGGAGGAGAAAUUGUGUUCGAUUUCGUGGACGGUUCGUGUAUGCCAGGAUCAGAUGAGGCGAAAUGGCUUUAA